UUCGUAAAAGGCAGGCCCAGGGUUGGAUCCCAGGCAGAUACGGCAAAUACUGCGGUGAGGCAUUUAUUCCCUUUCCCUUCUGAGGAGGAAGCAGGCUAAUUAAGAACUUGCCAGCCACGGAGCAGGAGUUCCACCCAGGGCUGGCUGAGCUGUUAACCUUCAAGCCCUGGCUCUUGGUCCAGACGGUGACCUUUGAAAAGUUGUGAAAAUGAUCUCUGGCCUUUGCAGUCUCCCUCUGUGGAGGAGCAGCUUGGGAGAACCUUGGCAGUGACAGAGUCCUUGCUCAACACCUGUUUGUGGAAGAAACAAAUGAGUGAGGAUUGCCACACUUCCUGGUGUCACACUUGGCCGGCAGGUUAUUUCACAGUUGAGUAAUCCCAAAUAAAGACAGGAACAUGGUGUUUAUAACUUGCUCUUAAUGAAAGGGAAUGCAGACAGGAACCCGGGAGGGAGAAACCGGGAACCUGAAGAAAAGGGCGAGAAGACCCCCAGGCCUUACUGCCGUAGGGCUGCAUCGCUGGUGUGCAGGCGGCUGGCCUCCCUGCAUCCCCCUCUCCGGCCUCUAGCUCAACUGCAAAAACCCAAAGGGACCCUGGGGCCUUGAUAAAUAUUUGUCCAACGCGUGAAUUGGUAAAGGCAAGGGAGGUGGCAUAUUUUGAAAGUCCAUCCUCGCCCUCCCCACCCACCACACCUCGGUAGCCGCUGCUAGAUAAAACUGUCCGCUCCUGGUGACUGUCAUCUGCAGCGGAGCAGGACGGCCUGGUUGCUGUAGCCUCAGGGGCUGCAGGAGCAGCGGGAGCCAUGCCCAGGUACACAGUGCACGUGCGCGGAGAAUGGCUGGCCGUGCCCUGCAAGGACGCGCAGCUCACGGUGGGCUGGCUGGGUCGCGAGGCCGUGCGCAGGUACAUCAAGAACAAGCCGGACAACGGUGGCUUCGCCUCGGUGGACGACGUGCACUUUCUGGUGCGCCGCUGCAAGGGCCUGGGCCUGCUGGACAAUGAGGACCCGCUGGAGGUGGCCCUGGAGGACAAUGAGUUCGUGGAAGUGGUUAUAGAAGGGGAUGCCAUGUCUCCUGACUUCAUUCCAUCGCAACCGGAGGGAGUUUACCUGUACAGCAAAUACCGAGAGCCUGAAAAGUACAUCGAAUUAGAUGGGGACAGCCUCACCACGGAGGACCUGGUCAACUUGGGCAAGGGACGCUACAAAAUAAAGCUCACCCCAACUGCGGAAAAGAAGGUGCAAAAAUCCAGGGAAGUCAUAGACAGCAUCAUAAAAGAAAAAACGGUUGUGUACGGCAUUACUACAGGUUUUGGAAAAUUUGCCAGAACUGUAAUUCCUAUCAAUAAGCUAGAGGAGCUCCAGCUCAACCUCGUACGUUCACAUUCUUCAGGUGUUGGGAAACCACUAAUCCCUGAGAGAUGUCGGAUGCUCUUGGCUUUAAGGAUCAAUGUCUUAGCCAAAGGAUACAGUGGCAUUUCCCUGGAGACCCUCAAACAAGUUAUCGAAGCAUUUAAUGCCUCCUGCCUGCCCUAUGUCCCAGAGAAAGGAACCGUUGGUGCCAGUGGAGACCUUGCUCCACUCUCUCAUCUUGCUCUUGGGCUAACUGGAGAAGGGAAGAUGUGGUCUCCAAAAAGUGGCUGGGCUGACGCUAAAUACGUCCUGGAAGCCCAUGGAUUGAAACCAAUAGUUUUGAAGCCAAAAGAGGGUCUGGCGCUCAUCAAUGGGACGCAGAUGAUCACCUCCCUGGGCUGUGAAGCUGUGGAGAGAGCCAGUGCUAUUGCGCGACAGGCUGACAUAGUGGCAGCCUUGACGCUGGAGGUGCUGAAGGGCACCACCAAAGCCUUCGAUACCGACAUUCAUGCUGUUCGCCCUCAUCCUGGGCAAAUUGAAGUUGCUUUCCGGUUUCGGUCACUCUUGGACUCGGAUCACCACCCAUCAGAAAUAGCAGAGAGUCACAGGUUCUGUGACCGCGUGCAGGACGCGUACACCUUGCGCUGCUGUCCACAGGUCCAUGGUGUGGCGAAUGACACAAUAGCGUUUGUGAAGAAACUAAUUACCACAGAACUAAACAGCGCAACAGAUAAUCCUAUGGUCUUUGCCAGCCGGGGAGAGACCAUUUCCGGAGGAAACUUCCAUGGUGAAUACCCAGCCAAAGCCCUGGACUAUUUGGCCAUCGGUGUCCAUGAACUUGCUGCGAUUAGCGAAAGAAGAAUUGAAAGGCUCUGUAACCCCUCCCUCAGCGAGCUGCCUGCCUUCCUGGUGGCUGAAGGCGGUCUGAACUCUGGAUUCAUGAUAGCCCACUGCACAGCCGCAGCCCUGGUUUCUGAGAGCAAGGCUCUGUGCCACCCCUCGUCUGUGGACUCGCUCUCCACCAGCGCUGCCACAGAGGACCACGUCUCCAUGGGAGGAUGGGCAGCCAGGAAGGCCCUCAGGGUCAUCGAGCACGUGGAGCAAGUGCUGGCCAUCGAGCUGCUGGCAGCCUGCCAGGGCAUCGAGUUUCUACGCCCCCUGAGGACAACCACUCCCCUGGAGAAGGUCUAUGACCUGGUGCGCUCGGUUGUCAGGCCCUGGAUAAAAGAUCGCUUCAUGGCUCCAGACAUCGAGGCAGCGCACAGACUGCUUGUCGACCAACAGGUGUGGGAAGUAGCUUCACCAUACAUCGAAAAAUACAGGAGGGAGCAUAUUCCUGAAUCGAGACCUGUUUCUCCGACGGCCUUUUCCCUGGAGUCUCUGCGCAGGAAGUCCAGCAGUAUACCAGAGUCAGCGGAGCUUUAACAGGCUUUGCCGUGGGAUGUAGAUCAGAUGGUAUUUAGUUUGACAGCAAGCAGCACUGUGCUGAAGGAGAGGCCUGAGAACUUGGUUUAGGUAGAUCAAUUCAUUACAUAAUUCAGUUCUUCUAAAACCUACUUUGGCUAGACCGGUGGCAGCAAUACGGUUGCUAACUCUCACUCUGCAUUCUUGUUGGUCUGGUCUGAGGUGCAGCAGGGAUUAUAGGAGUUUUUGUUUUUUGUUUUUUCCUUUAAUGCUAUCUCACUCUUAAGGGUGAGAAGAGCACCCACACUGCAUAGGUCUUUUACUCUUAACAUUAGAGCAACACAUCUUGAAACAGAUUGAUGGCAUUUUUCUGAAAACAUUAGACUUUGGAAAAUCUUAUUUGUUUGUUUGUUUGUUUGCUUUGACAAGUUCUCCACUAGUUAACUCUGGCUGAUUGUACUAUGCUAUGACUAGUGUUCCUUAAUACAUCUUCAUAAACAACCCUUUUUAAAUCUUAAUUUGUCUUUAAGUUGCUCUUUCUUCUAAUAAUGGAAUCAUAGUAAAGAAUAGUUGAUAGGUCAACAAGAGGUCUGUGUAAAGGGAUUAAGGAUAUAAAGAUUGCUAUUGGAGUGUCUCUUACUGAACUGCAUAUUUCAUAUUUAUCAAUUAUCACUACACACAUCCAAAAAGGACUCGAUGCUUAAACUAGAGUUGGAAGUUAGUAUGAUCACUUUUUUGCUAUAUGUUAGCACUCAAGUCACAUUAUUUAUUUUUGUUUUAUUUUUAUUAAAUUUAUUGAGAUGAUAUUUAUACAAUUAUAUAGGUUUCAGGUGUACAAUUCUAUAACACAUCAUCUGUAUAUUGUAUUGUGUGCUCACCACCCCAAGCCAAGUCUCCUUCUUGAUUCACAUUCUUAUAAUAACCCUGUGUUAAGCCUCCUUGUUUCACAGACAAAGAAUCUGUUGUUCAGAAGUUAACCAACCCCUCUCUGUAAUGGUGACCAUUAACAUGAAGCUCCAUUGACAAAAAUCAGAUGGGGCCCUAGGAUGUAUUACCCAAUAUGUUUCUUCCCCAAAAAAGGACCUUCUAGGAAGGCGAAAGUAUAAUUUCCCAGAUGAAGGAUAGGUCAGAUGCCCUCUAGGUUUCUAAGAUCUGUGACUUUGCACCCCUCCCAUGCAAAUGUUGAAAGAACAUCUAGUGCAGGAAUCUGAAACUAUAGCUUUAAAACCUACAGCUGGUUAAGCAAGGACAGACACACUUGCCAGAUUUCCAAGCCGAUUACAGCCUAAAAUGGGACCACCAGCAUAUUUCACAAUAGUUUUCACUCUAGAUUGCAGCCUGUCCAGAGGAAGGUGGAGACAGAAGUCAGAACUACUGCCUACAGCAAUUCAGAGAACAGAAAAGGCUGAGGAACCUGUUCUUGAUGCUGUUCUUGGUAAAAUGUGAACACACACACACACACACACACACACACACACACACAAAGUUUAUUGAUUCUUACCCAGGAGCAGCAGCUGAGCCAGCUGUCUGAUGGCUGUUUUUCACUCCUGUUUGGGGGGUGCUGGAUCCCAAAUAUCCCCAGGGUCUUCAGGGGCCCUUUUUCAUUGAGCUUUUUAAAAAAUAUUUUUAAUUGAUUUUU